GACGGGGGGGUUAUAAACACGAAUGGUCGAAAUGUUUCAUCGAAAAUGUGGUGAUCGUGUUAGUUUAAUUAAUAAUAAUUGUACGGCAGUGAGAAAUUUUUCUGAAUACAAUUAUGGCCUUGUACUUAGCGCUGAGCCACUUAAAGAUGAUGAACUUUUUGAAGUUCGUAUCGAUAAGAAGAUGAUGUCAUGGAGUGGAAGUAUCGAGAUUGGAAUUACAGCCUGUGAUCCAGAUUCUGUCGAGUUGCCUGCAUGUGCAACGAAUCUUCGUCAUGGAUCAUGGAUAAUGACCAGCUCCAGUAUUAUGCACGAUGGGGAACCAAUUGUUGAAUUUUAUGGAGUUGAUCUCGAUACUUUGGAGGAAGGAAACACUCUUGGAGUUAUGCGAACGUCCAAAAGUGAACUAAUUUUCUACGUGAAUGGAACGUCACAAGGUGUGGCGGCUGUUAAUAUUCCUGUUAAAGUAUUUGCAGUAAUUGACAUGUAUGGUAAUUGUGUUCAAGUUACAAUAACACAACCGAGUUUGUGCGUUAGUUUUGAUGAGCCAAAAGACGAGGCUGAAAUAAAUAAUGAUUUAGCAAUGGAGGAGGCUUCAAAUUCAUUGACGACUAAUUUGGUGGCUAAUUUAAAUGUCAACAUGAAUGUUAAUGUAAAUGUGAAUUUACCGAAAAAUCCAAGUGCCGCGUCCGUAAGGGAGGAUCGAUUAAAGUUUCAUGAGAGAGUUGGUACAUUGGUGAAAUUGUCAAAUAAUGCAAGAACUGCCGAACGAAGGAGACCACUCGAUGAAUUUAAUAAUGGAGUCGUCAUGACACACAGGCAUUUGAGGGAUAAUGAAUUAUUUGAAAUACGAAUUGAUAGAUUAGUGGACAAAUGGUCUGGAAGUAUUGAAGUGGGAGUGACAACUCACAGUCCAACGGCUUUGGAGUUUCCUGCUACAAUGACGAAUAUGCGAUCGGGAACAACAAUGAUGUCUGGUUGUGGGAUUUUAACUAACGGGAAAGGAACACAGAGAGAAUAUGGAGAAUUCAAUCUCGAUGAACUUAGGGAAGGCGAUCGUGUGGGAAUGAUAAGAAAAAGCAAUGGAAAUCUACAUUAUUUUAUAAAUGGUCUUGAUCAAGGGAUUGCUGCUAAAGUUCCUAUGGGAGUAUGGGGUGUUAUUGAUCUUUAUGGAAUGACUGUGAAAGUAACAAUUGUCGAUCGUGACGAGAGAGAGGAGCAGAAUCUCAUAACGAGACGAAAUACUCUUCAUCUGCAGUCUCUAAAUGAAAUAGGAGAAGAGGAGCCACUGGAGAGGUUGAUGUUUCAUGCAUGUUGUGGAACCCGGGCUGAUGUUAUUAACAAUGGUCGAACUGCGCACAGGCCUAACGCCAUAGACGAUUUUAAUAAUGGUGUUGUACUGACAUCGAGGCCCUUGAAACCAAAUGAAUUAUUUGAAGUCAGGCUAGAUAAAAUUGUCACCAAAUGGGCUGGAUCUAUUGAAAUUGGUGUCACAACUCAUUCUCCAACGGAACUCGAAUUUCCCUUCACAAUGACGAAUGUUAGAUCUGGCACGUGGAUGAUGACUGGAAACGGCGUAAUGCACAAUGGUAUCACAAUAAUAGAUCACUAUGGUCAAAAUUUGGAUAGACUGCAAGUUGGCGAUCGAGUGGGAGUGAUGAGAAAGGAUAAUUCAACUUUGCAUUUUUAUGUAAACGGAGCUGAUCAAGGAGCAGCAGCGAUGAGUGUCCCCGAGAGAAUUUACGGCGUUAUAGAUUUAUAUGGACAAGCCGCUCAAGCUACAAUUGUUGAUAAUACAGAUUUUUACAGUCCAACCACUAAUAAUUCUAGUUUUAGUAAUACAACGCUAUACAGUGAUUUACGUUUUCAUCAUAUUCAUGGAAAAAAUGCGAGAAUUACGAACAAUGGUUUGACAGCUUCGAGACCACGGGCUUUGGGUGAAUUUAACGAUGCUAUUGUUAUUGCCAAUAGAGCUUUGCGCGAUGGAGAAAUGUUUGAAGUUUUGAUUGAUAAAAUGGUUGAUCGAUGGUCCGGAGCAAUUGAAGCCGGUGUAACGGCAAUAAGACCAGACGAAUUGGAGUUCCCGUCGACAAUGACCGACAUUGAUCACGACACGUGGAUGCUGUCGGGUUCGACAGUUAUGCGUGACGGUGUGAAUCUCAGGAAUAAUUAUAGUUGCGAUCUGGAUAAACUCACAGAAGGCAAUCGAAUUGGAAUGAUGCGUUGUUCCGACACGACUCUACAUUAUUAUUUAGAUGGUGUUGAUCAGGGCGUUGCUUGCACUGGACUUCCCGCUCACGUCUAUCCCGUCAUUGAUUUAUACGGCCAAUGUGCUCAGGUGACAAUCGUCUUGCCGGAGAGGAGAGACACAAUGACACAACAAUAUUUGCCGUCGGAAAAUAGUACCAGUCAACAGCCAACGUCUGUUAUUCAACCGCAGGGUCAAACUGAAAUUACGCAUAAAUUUCACGAGUCUGUUGGUUUAAAUAUUCAAUUGAAUAGUGAAAGAGGUGUUGCCACACGAUGCCGUGAAUAUAGUAAUGCCGUAUUGUUGAGCGAUGCACCACUUGAAAAUAAUGAACUCUUUGAAAUUUGCAUUCAAGAAGUGGCACGCGAAUGGAGUGGUUCCUUAAGAAUAGGAGUUUUGAGUCAUGAAAAUGGCAAUUGGCUGACGUCCAUGAAUCUUGUUCCAGGAAUGACGUGCAUUCCAUCCGACUCUUGGUUUCUCACUGGUAACGAAAUUCGUCACAAGGGCUAUGUACUCUGCAUGAAUUACUGCCCGAGUUUGGAUUGGAUAAGAGUUGGCGAUAAAAUUGGAUUGAAACGAACUCAAGAGGGGAAUUUGAAAUUUUACAUAAAUGGAGAAGACAUGGGAGUUGCGGCUUCAAAUUUACCAGAAAUGGUCUUUGCGGUUAUUGAACUUUUUGGUAGUACAGUUGCCGUCAGUAUAACGAGUAGUAAACAACAGCAUCCUGUAAUUUCUCCGAAUGCAAGUUUGCGGAUGCAAGAUUCUCUGGAAUUACUUUUGGAUCCCAUGCCACCAACGAUUCGAAAUGAUGGAGGAAUGGAAUCGUCGAUUGAAAAUUCAGAAGCAAAAUUGUUGAAUGAAAUGGUUCUUACGCCGACGCAACCUAUUAACACAUCAGUCGGGGAUGAUUAUUGUUACGAGUUUCAUGAAAAUCAUGGGCGAAAUGUGCAAUUGGAGAAACGAAUUACCGCUAGAAGAGUAGCUAGUUACAAUCAAGGUGUAGUUAUGUCGAGUCGUCCUUUAAUAAGAGGAAAAAUAUUCCAAGUAAAAAUAGAAAAAGUGAAUGAACGAUGGGUUUCUGGAAUGCUUUGUGGAGUAACUUGUGUCUCACCGGAGAAAGCUUCAUUUCCCGUUACGGCUCUUGGCUUCAAAAAGCACUCUUGGAUUAUAUGUGGCGAUUGGAUCUCUCACAACGGAAAUAAAGUAAAGACAAACUAUGGAUCAAAUUUAGAAAAUUUACAAUGUGGUUCAACGGUCGGCUUAUUAAUUGACGAAGACUCGAGGCUACAUCUUUACAUAAAUGGCGCUGAUCAAGGAAUAGCGGCAACAGAUUUACCUCUUUACGUCUACGCAAUAAUUGAUUUGUACGGUCAAUGUGAACAAAUUUCGAUAAUUGGAUUUACAAUAGAGACUGUGAAUUCAAAUUGUACGAAUAAUAGCACUGUGAUAGAGCGUGCAUCAUCGGAAGCUGAGGACUUUGAAAAUUCGCGAGAAAAAGCCGAUUUAGAAUGUCAUGAGAAGGAAAAUAUUGUUCCCGAAAUUGGAGCAAAUGUCACACUAAAUAUUCCGAUAGAAAGCACUGCUAGUUUAAAUCUAGUCGAAAAUAUGCCACAUUCUUCGUCCAAUAAUAAUUCAAAUCAUAAUUCUCACGUUAUGGCAAGUAGUAUUCAUUCCGAUAGUAAUAAUUCCGAUUCAUAUUCGGAUAUUAAUAACGAUCAACAAUUGGAACAUUUAAAACAGAAACAUCAUCAUCAUCAUAAUAAUGACGAUCGUCGUAAUCGUCGUAAUGAUGAUAAUGUCGAUAAUCAAGACAUUGAAAAUAGUCGUCAAGUGAAUCAUAACGAUUUGGAAAAUUGUUCUCAUUUAAAUCACAUCACAAGGAAUGAAUGUACAAAUGUAGAGAUUAAUAAUGCAACGAAUAUUAAUAUUAAAAAUGGCUCAGCAAUGACAACAAGUAAUAUGAGUAAUUUAAAUACAGCGAUAAAUUCGACAAAUGCUAAUAAUGCCAUUAAUGAAAGUAUCGCGUCAAAUAGUCAAAAUAAUCAAGUGAAUCAAGAUAAUCAUAGAGAGCAUACAAUUAAUGGAACGCAAAAUAAUAUUCAAUUUUCAAAUAUACAAAAUAAUAUGAUUGGUUCACAGGAUUUACAAUUAAAUCUCAAUGGACAUUAUCAAAUUUUUAAUAAUUCCUUUACAAAUUCAAAUUCGAAUCAUCAAAAUAUUCAUAGUCAAAACGUCCUUCACAAUGCUGCACCAUUGGUCGCUUCGCUGCCGUCCACUCCAAUUGGGAGUUUUGUUUCAGUCUCGAAAAAAUGUGAAUACUUAAAAGCCUGUACUAGAUUAAAAAAAUCACUUGUCUUGCCUGAUGAAUUUUUUUCACUCGAUGAAAUUCUUUGUUAUUGUCAUUCGUGCUAUAAAAUUGAUGGCGAUAGUGUUAUUUGUAAAAAGGGUGAACCUUUGGCGGAAUUUGCCGUUCCUAUCGGUUGGACAAGAUUUCCAUUGAAGCAAAGUAUUAACGCUAAUCAAAUUCCACAAUUGACGACUGAUAAAUGGCAUGUGGCUUUCUAUGGCACGAGAUUGGACGCAGUCAGACGAAUUUUGGACAGAGGCGAAUUAUUAACAAAGGAACAAUUGGACAUGAGUAAUUUAACAACGAGUGUAAAUAGUGAGGAUCAGAAUCCUCAAGUGGUUUUCUCUCCGAAUAUAAAACACGCGGGCACGGAAGAUUUUACAAAACAGUAUCCAUACAUUGAUACGCAAUCGGACAAGAAGCUCAAUGCAUCGACUGCAUUCCAGUUAUUAGUGAGACCCGGUUCGUAUACAAUAAAUUCGAAGAAAGAUGAUGUCGAUUCGCAAAUUGAAAUUACCGAAUGGUCCACGAAGGAAGCUGGAGCAACAACAAUUGUCGCCCUUCUCAUUCACCUGGACGGUUUUUAAAUCAUGAAAUAUUUUCAGUAUCCAAAGAUGAAUGCGUCGACCUUUCAACAAAAGUCGAGUUGACGACGCUUUAAAUAUUUGUUUUUUUUAAUCGUUUAAUUAAUAAUUAUGUCGAUUAAGUUGUAUUUGACGUUAUAUUUAAAAAUUACCCUCCAAGAUUUUUACGUUAUUGUAAAUAAUGUCUUCGCUAAAAGAACUGUAUAACUCUAUUAAAUUUAGGCACUUUCUGUGAUAUAUAAUAUAUAUAUUAAUUAAAAUUUAA